AUGCCGGCCGAGCUUGCAGACCUGGACCGAUCCUGCGGUGCGAUCAGCAUUUUGCCCAGCUCGCUGCUCUCGUUGUUUUCUGAUCAUAACGGUGUCGGCGAUGCACAUGUUGCGCAUGACUUCACAGCCUCCUCUGCUGCAACGCAUGAUGCCAGCUCCUUCCUGGCAUUGCGGCCGAUAGCACCGGAAGAACACUUGGGGCGCGAUCUGCAGCUGCGGGUGGCCGCAGCGGUGAACAGCAGUAUGGCCGCGUCCCUCAUCGGAUUGAUUGCCGGAAAGCUGUGCUGCAAAGACAGACGACCGAAGACGAAGGAUGGGGAGGAGGGAACCGUCUGCCGCAGGCGGAAGCUUCUUUUGGGGGCUCUUGUGAUGCAGGUGGUCGUCUCCAUGGGCCAGGACGAGGCCGAGCAGGCCCGGGGAAGAUGCGACGUCGUGACGUGCAUCUUUGAGCUUUCCAGCGCCUACAAGGAGGCCCAGCAAGGCAUUGUGGCACACCAGCCUGGCCCGGCAAGAAAGAAGAAGAAGGAUGUUUCUGAGUUUGUGCCAACCUUCCGCGGUUGGCCCAAGGACUUGCGACGCCUGCCCCAGCUGGCCACCAGGUCGCUGCGUGAAGUCGGCGAGUCUGCAAAGGAACAGGAAGCCGACUCGCAUUGUAGACACACCGAACCUCGCCGCUGUCCACCGGGGCGGCGGACACCUCCCAAGGAUUGGUCCAAGGUGGCUCCAAAGGUUCGUUGCUGGGACAAGGGCCAGCCUCUGCCCGUGGCUGGAGCCGUCUCUGCCGGAUAUCAGAGCGGUGCGAGCACACCGACAGGCCGGCGACCACUGUCCGGCUCACGGGGAGCGAGUCCACAAGGUCCAGCGACGCAGCUGCCAGUAGCAGUAGCUCCAGAGGCUCUACUUCGGCAACGGCCACGGCCCGGACAUCUGACGAAGGUCGCUGUGGCCAUUGAAACACCGGGCGCUUCAAAGCGAUCUUGA